CAAAGGAAACUUGUUACCAUCGCUCCCUCGCCCCCUUUUUUUCCUCUUUUCUUUGUUUUUCUAUCGAAAUAUUUUAUCUGUUUGGAAUCACUGACAGGAGAGACGGAGUUGCGCUGCGAUGUGUAGCUGAGGACACUGGCCGCAACGCAGGAGAGGACAAAACAACUCACUGCCUCGGCUCGGAGGAGACAGGGACAGACAGGGGCGGUGGAAAAUACAAACCGCCCAACUUUUUUACACUCUUUUUAUAUUCUCUUCGUUUUUAUACUUCGAGGGUUCUUUUUUUAUUUUUACGUUCGAUUGUCGCCUGGGGUUGUUUGAACUUAUUUUGGAAUAUGGUUGGGGAAAUGGAAGCGAAGGAGAAGCCGAAGCCGACGCCUGACUAUCUCAUGCAGUUGAUGAACGACAAAAAACUGAUGAGCAGCCUGCCCAACUUCUGCGGGAUUUUCAACCACCUCGAGCGGCUGCUGGACGAAGAGAUCGGCAGAGUACGGAAGGACAUGUACAAUGACACGCUAAACGGGAGCACGGAGAAGAGGCCAUCGGAGCUGCCGGACGCCGUUGGACCUGUGGCCCAGCUGCAGGAGAAGCUCUACGUGCCCGUGAAGGAGUACCCCGAUUUUAAUUUUGUGGGGAGGAUCCUGGGCCCGAGGGGACUGACGGCCAAGCAGCUGGAGGCUGAGACCGGCUGCAAGAUCAUGGUGCGAGGGAAAGGCUCCAUGAGGGACAAGAAAAAGGAAGAACAGAACCGAGGGAAACCUAACUGGGAGCACCUGAACGAGGACCUGCACGUGCUGAUUACCGUGGAGGACUCCCAGAACCGGGCCGAGAUCAAGCUCCAGAGAGCCGUGGAGGAGGUCAAGAAGCUGCUGGUGCCCGCGGCGGAGGGGGAGGACAGCCUGAAAAAGAUGCAGUUAAUGGAGCUGGCCAUCCUCAACGGCACCUACAGGGACGCCAACAUCAAGUCGCCGGCCCUGACCUUCUCUUUGGCAGCCACAGCCCAGGCACCCCGCAUAAUAACAGGCCCCGCCCCCGUGAUGCCAGCAGCCACCCUGCGCGCCCCCACCCCAGCCGGCCCCACCCUGAUGCCUCUGAUCAGACAGAUCCAGACUUCCGCCAUCGUCCCCAGCGGGACACCCCACCCCGCCGCCACCCUGGUCCCCCAGGCGCCCGAGUCUGGGCUCAUCUAUGCCCCCUAUGAGUACCCCUACACACUGGCCCCUGCAACCUCCAUCCUGGAGUACCCCAUCGACUCCAGCGGGGUGUUAGCAGGUGCAGUGGCAGCUAAGGUUCGAAGGCACGAAAUGCGUGUCCAUCCUUACCAAAGGAUAGUGACCACCGACAGAGCCGCCACAGGCAACUAACCUAUGACCUUCUGACCUCUGAACUCUUCACCCAAUGAUGACCUGCCCAUUGCCUGCCUGCUGACCAGCUCUCUGGCAAACGUCUUCGCUUGUCUGUCUCGCGGUCGCGGCGAGCCGAGAUGCAGCUUUUCACCUAACAAAGCAACCCGACGGUGACUCGACAACGCCACCUCCCUGCAGCCCUCUCCAGUCGGGUGAUCGCGGCUUUAAACCUGCACUGAAUAUAGUCACACAGCAAUAAUGAGGUCCUACACCCCACCCCUACACACACACACACACACACGCAUAAACACCCAACCACACCCCCCCCACGACCCACACCUCUUCCUCCUUCUACUCCUCCUUGUCUGCUCUGAAGAAGAGACCUGGUGAAAACAUGUAAAGGGCUCUCCACCACUCUCCCCUCCAGCCUGGUGCCUCUCUGGCCUCCCGAGAGAGAGACCUGGCCCUGAAUGUACCACUGCAGUAACGAGAAGUCCUCAUACAAGGCCUUUCAGGGGCACAGACUCCCAGCACCCUGAUAUCUGUCACACAUCAGAGAGGGACAGAACCACGGACACCAGGGACACCAUGUGGGAGGUGGGGCUGGGGGCGGGGCUGAAGAAGGGAAGGGGUGUGGCUUGGUGGAGAUGGAAGGACACUAAACACUCAAAGACAGCAGCAAAGGGUGCAUGUAUCAAAUGUCCUAUUACUUAGCAGCAUUUUUUUUUUUUACAAAAAAAAAACACUUUCUUGUAAGACACAUCUUCAAGGAUGUUAAAAAAAGCCAUGCCUGCCUGUCUGCUUUAUGUGUAUUGACAUUGUAGAUAAAUGUUGAGAAACGAAGAAAACCUAAACUGAACUAGCGGAAAAAUCGACACUUUUAUGAUUCAAGGGUGCUGCCGAAGAGCAAAAUAUAUAUUUUCACAAAUGUUAGCCUUUUAUACACACAGGUAUUGUAAAGAAAAAAGUUAACAAAGAAGAAACCCUUUAGUUUGUGAUUCUGAAAGACAAAAACUGUUCUCUGUGUAGACGGAGUGGUAUUGACGACCAAAACAGCCUUUUUUUGUGGAACGUUAACAGUGUUAAAAAAAUGGAAGUGCCUUACUUUGCUCAUGGUCAUCGAGUCAGUAUGCGACAUCAGUCUGUUCCUACCUGCAUACCAGUUGAAUACAGUCUCAGCUCCCUUGAUUUUCAGUACAGGUAGCAGUGAAUGAGUGACAUCCUUCAGAGACUAAGAGGUGUGAAUCUGAAUCUGGCUCCUUAAUACUGAGACUGAGGGAAACGUUUUUUUUGUUGUGGUUUAUUAAACACUCACCAGUGUAUUAGUGUGUGGCACAGGGCAGUAGAGCAAAGCCUGUGAGUAGCCUGCUGUCUGAGCAGCCGAUGCUCCGCUGAGCUGGGACAGGGGCUAGGAACAUCCCACACUCCCGCGGAGUUACACCAGCUGAGCGCUUCACAGUGGUGAAGGAAAGUAAAAAUCUAACAUGCUGCAUUGUGACGGUGGUACUAAGAGAGCGUUGAGGUGUUGCGCUCCACUUGGAGCUGCCCACGUGAAAACAGCUACGCUCAACAGAGACACACAACGGCACAGUGAACAGUGUGACCGAACGGCACGGCCAUGCCAUCUGAAACAGGGAAAACAAAGCAAGGUUUGGUUGGAGGUGAAAAAAUUCCCACUCAGAGGGGAUUGUCAUGACAUGUCACCAGAAAAUACAAGAUCUGAUAGAACAUCACACUGUGUUUUGCAGAGGGGUUUAUGGGAGUUUCCAGAUCUUUGUAAAUGUAGUCCUCAGCAGCCCCUGGACCUCCCACCAGCCCUAUUGUUACACAUUUUUGUUGUGUUCCGAUAAUUGAAGGUAGUCCAACCCUGAAUUUGUGGUAGAGGUCACACUUAUACUCACUCACACACACACACACACACACACACAUACAGACAUAUGUGUGGCUACACACAAGUCUAGAUUGUUUCACAGAUGUCCAAGUCUUGCCCUGCGGACCAUUCCUAGUCUGUGAGGAGUUGUUUACUUGGACGCCAGUUUCCCUCAGUCACAGCACUGGCUCCUGGGCCUUUUCCAAGACUGCAGGAUAGCUCCGGCAGCCUGCAGCCAUCUGCAGGGCCGCAUCACACCUCUUCAGCCUCAUGACAGAGUAACACGCGUCAAACCCAAGCUGUUAGGGAAAAAAGCAUGCUCAAAUAUACAGUCUGUAUUACAAAAUGCAGCAGUCAUAGCCACUCUCAUACUUGCAGGUGUAUGCAUAUAUUGCAGAAUAUAUGUGUUCAAAAUAUGUAAUUUUACAACAUUUACAGUUUUUGCACAAAAUUACAUAUAUUGCAGUGACCCUGUUGUAUGUUUUCAUGUGUGCGGCAUAUUAGACAUGUUUAAAAAAAUAUUGUCCUUAUAGUUUUGUCAUUUCAAAAUGUUAAUUCUCUCGUAAAGUGACACAUCAAAAUGGUGGAGCUUUACAUUAGUGUUAUCAGCUAUUGUUGUUGUGCCCCCCCCUUCUCUAUACUCACUAUGCAACAGACUGGCCUGUAAUAAUUAGAUAGAUUCCUUGCCAUAAGUGCAUCUUCCUGUUUGGAUAUUCAUUUUGGUUUUAUAUCCUCCCGGUUCCAUUGAUGCAGUGUGAUAACGGAUAGACUUUGGAGUAAUACAAGCGUAGGUGAACCAUCUCAUCUCUCAUGGGGAGACCCUGGAAUAGAGUAUUAGCUGGGUGAAAAGUGUAACAUGAAGGCUUCCUAUAGUUUCAAAGAUGAUCGAUAUAUUUGUUGUUGGGUGAGACUGUCGUAUCCAAUAA